AUGCCAAGACCCAACAGCAGAACGCCGUGCAUCGACCGGGACACGGUUAUGCGGAUCAAUCGUCGUCCUGUGCGGCAUCGAUCUUGCGACAACUUUUGGCCCCCGGCUCCUCGAACUCCUUCGCCUCUCGAGCGGACAAGAGGACAUUCUUCUGUGGGGGAAUCCGAAGGUGGGUCCUUUGCAUUCGAUGGUGUUCGACGAUACGGUAGCAACGAAAGCGUCUACUUUGACGUGGACAAGGUUUGCAAGCAGCACAAAAUCGAUCCACUGCGAACCAAGUUCGACAAGGCCAAUGUUGUCCUUGUUGAUUGGGGUAGGAGGGGAGGGGGGUUCCGCGAUAAUGGAUCUCAUGAUAAACGAUGCCGGGAAAAAGCUGAUGACACUGCUAAUAAUUCCAUCAAUAGAGGUAAACAUAUUGAAAGUGAAAAGCGUCCAUCAGAGCCGCGAGUUGUGUCAGACGAUGUCAAAGGAAAAUCGAACGAUGAUGGCGUGGUUCCUGUUGAGCAAAAAUCCAAACCACCUUCGCCACCUCCGAGGCGAUACUUUCUACCGAUGGAUCAACUGCACUCUGGUGUUGGAGUGGAAAUUCUGCUUCGAUGUUACAAACUUAAUCCUGAACAAGAUGAAAGAUUGAACGACUCAUCCUCUCAAACAAUUGAUAAUUACCAGGACAAAGCAAAAGCUUUCAAUCCUGUGACGGUGCCAACUGCAGCUUCCAUUGCUGACGGUGAUGGCAUUCUCCAUCAGGACGGAAUCCAAUCAAAACCACCACUCAAAACCAAAAGCACUUCAACAAAGCGUACCAACCUCAGCAGCAAACCUCCCACUCCAGUGCACUUCUCCGUCAGCCCCAUUGGCCUUCAAAGUUCAGACAAUCCAGUUCCAGGCGAGCGGAAUGAGUUCAAUAUAAAUUCUGAUACGAUUUUGAAUUUAAAUAUUGACACCGGUUUCAGUCCAAGAACGCCACCACAAAUCACCGUCACCGAAUGCCGGGAUCAGACAACGAACGCAACCACUAAUCACUUCGACAAACGCCACUCCAUGGGACACCAGCAGCAGCAAACAGCUUCACCGAAAACAAGCGACAAAUUAUUAAAUGAAAUAAUAGAUGAAAAUCAUAAUUACAAUGAAAAACUAAUUACAAACAGCGGUCGAUCCGAUACGGAAUCCCAUCCAACAACUUCAUCGGCCUUCACCGAGAGCGACCGCCAAUGUCGCGCCCAAGAGUUCCCUAACGAGCAACAUUCAAAAUUAAAUGUAUCAAAUCAGCCAAAUCGUAAUUGGAUUAAUUUAAAUUCAAAUGAAAUUCAUCCCUAUGCCGAUGGCGGUUCAUCUGCUUCUGCUACUACUACAACUACGCCCCUAGAUCAGCCAGCAGGCCAACGGGGAGAAGAUUCACCGACAGCACCGGCGACAUCUGGUGCACGUAUGACACAAACACGUGUCGUCCUUUGCAAUUCGAUUGCCACCGAAGCUUCUGACACCGUUUCACACCCACUGGCAGAGCCUAAUGACCGGCCGCCAAAAGCGACACACGUCGCCAGCGAUGACGAUUCGGUCGUUCGCCAUAAUUACGAUAAUAAAAGUGUUAAAAGUAAUUAUUGGGAUCCGAUUCCGAGCGGCAGCAAGAGAAGCGAACAACGGCCGGGACGAUUGGAAAGAUCCGACAGCCGGGACUCGUCCCGAAGCUGGCGAUUUGACGAGGUUCUCGAGUUUCCACCUCCACCACCCUAUCUGUGCCUUUGUGAGGACGAGUCCAUCCCUUCCGGGAGAUGUUCGGAGGAGAGAUCGACGCAAGGCAGCUCGGACAGCGGAGCGCAAAUCUGCGAUAACCGCAACCCAACAACGCCAACGCCAAUUCCCGGCCUCCAGCAGCUUCAGCCAGUCCACAGUUCUUCUUGGAGCAGAGUCGACAAUCCGACAAUAUCCCAGAGCUGUCGUCAGGAUUCAACUUCAUCUACGGUCCCAGUGCCGUCAGCCCACGCUGCUGUUGAUGUUGAUCCCGGUCAGAAACGAUGGGAUGAUAAUCGCGCUGCAGUGGCCGACAUUGGCCACUGUCAUCAACUACUGCGCCGGGAUGAUGAUUAUUUUAAAACAAAUUUAACGGAUGAUAAAUUUUUGAGCGAAAACGUAAAUAUUGCAAGUAAUUUAGGCGGUGGCCAAUGGGGACAGCAACAGCAGCCGAGCCGCAGCCAACUUCGACCGAACACUAGCGAUGACCCUCGGGGCUGUAACAGGGUCAACAGAUUCCAUAUGGCGCCAUCCAUCGCGGUGCAAAAUUUCGAUCCCCUGCAUAAAUCAAUCGACGCGUUUUUGGCCGCCGAACGUGAAGCGUCACCCAUGGGCAAGAGCAUCAUGACGACCAAAGCGGCUUCACCUUCUUCCCCUCCACCAGUGCCACCACCGCCCCAAGAAUUCGAAAAUAGCACCCGCUUCGUCAGCUUCACCGACGGAGAGUUUAUUUUUGGCCCAUACGAUGCACGGUCCGAGGAAUUUCAGCGAUUCGACCUAUGGGAUGGUGAUUUUCACAAGCGCCAGGAUCGCCACUGUCACCAUCACAGGUCGUGUAAGAAACGGUCACCCAGCGGAACGUCAGAUGGCAGCACUAACAGCAGUAGCACCCUGUGUCUCGAGUGCCAAUGCCAGCGCAGUUCGGUGACCAGCAGUGAAACGUUGAAAGAGGCCGAAAAAGAGUCUGGGACCGAAACGCCUAAAUUGCUGCAAAAGCCGAAACCUAGUCAGGUGGAAAAUUAUGAUGACACAACGAAAAACGUUCCAGCCGGAAACCAUCCAACCCUACUGCAGUCACCAUCAGUACCGCUAGUGCCAGCCACCUACGAGAGGUGGGUCCACUUUGACAAUGGAAAUAUCUCGCCACCCCCAGCAGCAGACCAGCAUCGGUCGCCAACCCCGGUCCGGAUACCAACCCCCUACCCAAGCCCAACCCACUCAGGCGAGCCAGAUGAUCAACCUCAAUGCCACCAGAACGUUUUCGAUCAAUUCGCUGCGGCAUUCGACGAGCAUCAACCCCAAUCGAAGCCCGCUUCGGUCGAUUUUGUGGAGAACGUCCCCCUGAUUGAUGCCGUGCUCGAUGAUUUGCUGACGUUCUCCAAGACACUUGUCCUGCGGCAAAGCCCGGUCUUAUCUUGUCCCAGGGAUUUUCCUUUGGCCAAAGAACGUGAGGAGGCAAAAAUUGUCGAGAUAAAUGACGAUAAUUUAAUUAAUUUAUUAGCUGACGAUGAUGACAAUAGUAUUGCCACGAAAGGGGUCGACGAAACUGGCCGUGGUUUGGCCUCGGAGAGAAAAACUUUGCCUUCUAAGCAGGAUUCCACGGAAGAUGAUGCCAGCGGCUUGGGAUGGCAACAAGAAAAUAGUGGCAAUGAGAGCUUUCCAGAAGGAAAAUGUGAUCUGAAUGCCAAUGAGGGGCGGACACAGCUGGAGCCCAAGGACCAUAACCGCUCGGCUGACGAUUCAAAAGACGUGAUAGACAAUUAUUUGAGCACGAGGCGAAAUCACGAGGACAUUUUCGCCAACGUUGCCAUUUUCAACUGGAAUCCACUGGACGUCUAUCACCAGCAUGGACUGUUUAUGAUCGAUCCACGUUUUGCGCUGGCAGACCUACAUGCCACCAUUCCUGAGGAUUUUUCCAGCACCACCCAUGGUCAAGAUGACAGUUAUAACGAGCGCCAGUCGAGAGCUUCCAACGAAGGACACAUGAGAAAUGACGCACAUUUAAAUUCGCCAAAGCCAGUCCAAAUACAACAAGAUGACGGAGAUACAGCCGCUAUUGGCACAGUAGGAAUAACUGAUGGCGCAGAUCCGUCAUCGGUGGACGUGAAUUCAUUUGCAACUCAACUAGCGGAUCCAGCCACUGGCGACGGCUGUUUGCUCGAGAGCCAUAAAAUCCCAAACGACAGGGCCAGUGGCAGUAGAAGAAGUCCAGCAGCGGUGGACCAUUUUUACGACUCAGCUCACGUUGAAUAUCCGGUGCGGGCAGACUUGUGCACCGCCACCAUUCAGGAAUGCCAUCAAUCGCCCAAGGAAUCUGAUUAUGAUAAUGAUCCGGCCAAGAACAUCACCACCGGAAGCAGGAGGAGUAGCCGAGGUAGCAGUAAUGGCAGCUGCAGCAGGAGAAGCAGCUUGCAACGGACGGAGAUCUCCACCAGCAGCAGUACGGGACGAGAUGAAACGGAAGGUUUGAAGCGUGUCGCCUGGCCACCACCAGCUGAGCUUGGUGACGGUGAAUAUCAGUACCAACAGCAGCAGCCAGUGCAACAACCGCAGCAACCCUACCAUUACCCACCUCAGCAACAGCAGAACCAACAGCCUUUCCAACAGCAGCAACAUUAUCAGCCGGCUCAUACGCAACCACAACAGCAGCACCAACCGCGAGAACGCAUUAUCCCAAUCCAACGGGCCACAUCCCACACCUCACCGCUCCACACCCCGAAGUCACCGGUUAAUCAGCUCAAGUAUCCGAGCUAUCCGCCAUCGUCCCCGCAGCACCUGACCCAUCAUCAGCCACAGUACCAGCAGCCUCAGCAGCAGCAGGGUGGUUCCUCAACUGUGGCCUUCAGCGGGGGUCGUGCCGUUCUGCCCCAAAAACAACAACCGGCCCGUCCCGUAAGCGCCCCAUACUAUCAACAGCAGCAGCAGCAGAACCGCUACUCUUCGCCAUCAACGGCUUCACUGGCCUCACCCCGUUCGCCCCAUCCCAUCGGUGGUGGUCAAAGCCCUCGCGGUUGGGCACACGUUCAAUCACCGGUUCCGGUGUACCGUCCGACGCCUCAGCAGCAGCAGCAGCAGAACCAGUACCAGCAGCAACCGUACGUCUCACCGCCCUUUCAAACGCAACCAGCCCCGUACCAACAACAACAGCAUCAGCGGCCAACUUCCGGCGCCAGUGCUGGGUACGGGCACGGUUACGGACCGAGAAAGCCCGAACCAUCAACUCAACAGCCACAGUAUCAACCACAACCGACGCAAGCUUUCCAACCGCUAGUGUCUUCACAGCAACAACAACAACAACUUUAUCAGCAGCCAGAGGCCAUCCCACAACAACAACAACAUCAACAGUUUUAUCAGACAACAGCAGCGGACAGUCAAAUUCCAUUCGUGACCACUCUCCGCAAAGAAGCACCAAUGUCGCAGGAACCAUCUCCCGUCUAUCAGAGCGAGCCAGUUGCUGCAAUCUAUCAAGGCGGUACCAAUAUGCGCGGGGAUCAGAAAUGGCCACCGGCGGACUACAAGAAGCAAUCUGAUUUGGAGAACGAAGAGCGCCGAAAGCUUGCCCAGCAGCCUGCCUUCCGCCCACGCAAAGUGCAAAAAGAUUACUCCGACUUUUUCGCCAAAAACGCCCUCAACGCAACCUAUCCAGGCUACCGGGCACCACCCGGCACUCAGCACCAUUCGUAAAACAACACAACCUACACAUUUCUAGAGCAGUAAUGGAAUCCAAAUCCUAGUGAAACGAACACUCAACAGAACAGAAUUUCAAAAAUUAUAGAAUGUACUAGAACGUGUCGACCUGCUAAUUUUAGAUAGACUUUUUUGAAAUGAAACCCACAAUUUCACCAACACUACAACAGAAACACUUUUAACACAAAAAAAUGGGCGAAAGAGAUUCUCCAACUCACUUUGCGAUACUUGUUACAUAGUUACCAUAUGCAAACAUAUAAAUAUCAAGCAAUCAUACACAAACAGUAAAUACGAAGUUAUAGUUGAACUAACCUAGCAUUACUAUUUGAACAAACGAAACACGCAACAUACACGAAACUAAACGGCUUAGGAUUGAAACAAAUUUUACUAUUUAUUGAAUGUAUAAUUGUUAAGAAAGGAAAAAAAGUGUGAUUGUAUCUUAUGUUUAUCCGGCUUGUGCAACGAUCAGCUAAUAAUUUGAAAUGAUUUAUUUUCUCUCGUUUUCAGUAUAUACCGACAUACGUCUAACGCUUAAUUAUUUUUAAUUACUAAUAGAAAUUAGCAACAGCAGUGAAAACACCGCAAGCUUAAAAGCGAUUUGUAUUAUGUUAAACUAAUGGAACAACAGGAGCAAACACAGGCAACAAGGCAGGGUAGAGCACAGCAAUAAAAAAAAAUGCUGUUAAAUGAGAUACACAAGUGUUAAAAGCAAUUAUUAAUCAAAUGUUCAAUUGAUAAUGAGUUUUUAGUGAUAAAUAAAAAACCGCUACUUGGAGAGCGAUGGGGGUGAGCCAACCAUUCAGGGCCGUAGGUCGCACUUCUCGCCUGCAGGACAAAGCCAACAUCAUCUAGGUAGAUGAAGAAGAAGUCCAGCUUACAGCCCUGUGAUUUCCCGGGUGCCAUCGAAGCGAGAGAUGCCCAUAGGAGUGAGAAUAUAAAACAAUGAGGGUUGUAUUUCAUUUAUUUAUUCAUAACCGGCUGUUAUUGUCGAGAAGAGAGGGAUUUUUGCAUGAUGGGUUAUGAAUAAAAAAAAUCCGGGGUAAAUUUCACACCAGACACUCCCUGUCAUUUCGCAGCUGGGGUUGUCAAAAGCGUUAAAAGAGCAAAAGUGCCGGAGGUCACCUACUGCCAUCUACCGGACAGCAACAAAAGAAUUCCAGACUGGCCAAUCUGAUGAUAUAACCAGCAUGCGGGUGACAAAAUAUAAUUAUUUUAAACAUUCAUUUAUUAAAUGUCCCCUUGGUCGUGUGGAAUGAAAUAUCAAGAGAUGAAUAAUUGAAUUGGUUUUUCGCUGUUUUCAUAAUUUAACAAACUUUAUGAAUUUUUACAUUAAAUAUUGUUGAGGAACCACUCAAGAGAUAAAACCCAUGUUAUGUAAGAAGUUGUCGGACGUAAUUAUAAAUCGGAAGUACAUUACGUUUUAUGAAAUACGAUUCUGUUGAUUAAUAUCUGUUUACUACAACAAUUUCAGGAUGCAUAAGAGGGGUGCUGCAUUUCCUCACUUCCCGCCGGAUAUUAUUUAUGAGGAGAAUCAUUGCAGUAAUUAAUUUACAUUUCAUAGUGGCAACCCGCAAAUGAAUCGCUGAUAGGGGGUCCUUCAAAAGCAACAAACCAUUAAUUGAAAAUAACAUAUCUAUCCUGUUCAUCGAUUGCUCAACCUGAGUACAAAAAAAUGGCCUACUACGACCCAAUAAAUAACCACGUGCUAUGCCACCACUUGACACACCGGGAUGAUGCUUGUAAAAGCGACACAAGUUAUCUCAUCUCCGCACGCACCCACCGUUCCUGGUCUCUGACGUAUUGUGUCACCACCAAGGGGAUUAUGAAAUAUUUUAAAUUUUCAUUUGCAUUAUACGAGUCGGGUCGACUUUUUUCCGCGACUUUUGUUCCACCACAGCCCAAAAUCCAACCACGCCGAUCGGAUGUGGUAAAAAAAUACAGCACAACUUGGCAAACCAAUUCCACUCGAAUAUUGAUGAAUUUUACAAAUUGUUUUUCCAGCCUACAGAUUUGUCUGAUCAAAAUGUAGCACAAAUAAUGGCAUACUAAAUGGCAUCGAGCGACUAAAUGCUCGCAAAAAAAACUGCGAUCCAAUUUUAUUCUCACUCGGACUCCGCACUUCAAAAGCCCUGUCUCCCCUCCGAAAAGCAACAGAAGGCAAAAAAGCAGUGGAACAAUUUCCCUCUUGCAGAUAUUAUUUUUCACAUUUUAAUUCACGAUUCAAAUAUUCAAAAUAUUUAGACUCACAGCCAAACACGUUGUUCGUAUCUGCAUACAUAAAACUGUUGAAUUGGAUAACACGCUGCGCCGAAUGCAUGUUCCUCCUCUCCAUGGUGGAAAGUUACCGACGAUAUGGUUAUUACUAUAGCUGAUAUUAGUUUUACAAAUUUGCUUUGACGGAAAAUCUAUUACCAUAAUAAUAUUAUAACCAUACAGAAACAAAAAGCUUGCUAAAACCUGAUAGGCCGUUCCAAACGGACCUGAGAAUUGUAACACAGGAAGGUAGUCACUUUUCACUGUUUGAGCACUCGCGUAACGAACUGUAAGAAAGACUAUAAAAAACA